CGUGUUCUCGCGUGAUUGGUCGCGUGUUUUUUUUGUGCCGUCGAUUGAUUUUCGCCUUCCUUUUCUCUCGUCGGCGAAAGCUUUGGCUCAAGCUUUGUCCAGCUAUUUCAUCUCCUCUUCUUUCAAAUCGUGUCUUGUAUUUCACUCUCUUCCACUCCGAUCUGUUGUAUCGUUGAAUUGAAAAAGUUUCCACCAACAACCGAUAUAAACGAGGCACUUGUGGAUGCCCCUAACAUGGAGAGAAUCCAGAUGAAUUUAAAGAGAUUGUCUCUUACUGACAUUGUGAUUGAUAUCAACAGAGUGCCCAAGAAGAAGAAUUUGAUUGAGGCAACGGACAAGGCUGUAUCUAAGCCAUUGGCUAGAAACCUCAAAGUCUGCGGGAACAAAGGAGUUUUUUCUUCUCAUGGUGAUCUUGCAGAGGACUUAUCUCAUAUCAGUGAUGUUGAGGUCUUGGUUCUCAAGCAGAGGAUAUAUGGGCAAAGGAAAACUGUCAGGGAAAUAGUUGGAGAGGAGCAGAUGAGUCUGAGAAUGGUGGCACAACAAGAGGCUUUCACAUUGGUGGAUAUUUUUGAUGGAUCUGAUAAGGGACAAAAUGUGAGGGACACCAAUGCUAAUACCAAACUUAAGAAACUCUGAAAAUAAUUUUAUUAUAUUUGAGGGACCAAAAUUUGUCCCACACCAUUGCUCAUGGUCUUAGCUACUACACUCCCUUGGUAAUCAAUCAUGGGGAAUAAACGGUGAAUGGAAUU